UAUCAAUAAUAUAGUAAUUAAUUAUUAUUAACAACAACAAAGACAAUUAGCUAAGCUAUAAGCGGGCAUUCAUACCUAAAUUGCCUGCCUAUAACAGCUUAGUGGCUUGAAAAUCCAACUGCACGUGUAUGCAAAGAUAGAACGAUGGUCUGUGCUCUCGGUAUAGAAGGCAGCGCCAAUAAGAUAGGUAUUGGCAUUAUAAGAGAUGGAAAUGUCUUGGCAAACGUGCGCCGCACCUAUAUAACACCGCCUGGGGAAGGUUUCUUACCCAAGGAAACAGCCAAGCAUCACCGUGAAGCCAUAUUAACGCUAGUUCAAGCUAGCUUAAAGGAAGCACAGUUGCAGCCUGCUGACUUGGAUGUCAUCUGCUAUACAAAAGGUCCUGGCAUGGCGCCACCAUUGUUAGUCGGCGCAAUUGUAGCACGCACGCUAUCACUGCUUUGGCAGAAGCCGCUGCUGGGAGUUAAUCACUGCAUUGGCCACAUUGAAAUGGGCCGGCUUAUAACACGCGCACAGAAUCCUAUUGUUUUAUAUGUGAGUGGUGGCAAUACCCAGGUCAUUGCAUACUCCAACAAGCGCUAUAGAAUCUUUGGCGAGACCAUAGACAUUGCUGUAGGCAACUGCUUGGAUCGCUUUGCGCGCAUAAUCAAGCUAUCCAAUGAUCCCAGUCCGGGCUACAAUAUAGAGCAGCUGGCCAAGCAGGGCAAACAGUAUAUAAAGCUGCCUUAUGUGGUAAAAGGCAUGGAUGUGAGCUUCUCUGGUAUUUUAUCGCACAUAGAAGAGCUGGCAGAGCCGAACAAGCGGCGCAACAAACGCAAGAAGCCACAGGAUGAACCAGAGAUAGUGCAUAGUCAAGCUGAUCUGUGCUAUUCGCUGCAGGAGACCAUCUUUGCGAUGUUGGUGGAGAUAACAGAGCGUGCAAUGGCGCAUUGCGGCUCCGAAGAGGUGCUUAUAGUGGGCGGCGUAGGCUGCAAUGAGCGUCUGCAGGAGAUGAUGCGCAUAAUGUGUGAGGAGCGCGGCGGCAAGCUGUUUGCCACAGAUGAACGCUACUGCAUAGACAAUGGAUUGAUGAUAGCACAUGCUGGUGCUGAGAUGCAUGCAGCUGGCACAGUAAUGCCCUUUGAAGAGUCUUUUGUAACGCAAAGAUAUCGCACGGAUGAGGUGCUAGUCAACUGGCGACAGGAUUAAAUGCACAUGCUCUGUUUGUUUAUUAAACACUAUACCAUUGACAAAAAAAAUAAUUGCUGCAUAAUU